CAGUCAAUUGUUAAACCGCUUUGAAUUAAAUAAAUAAAAAUUUGUUAAAUAUUUGCCAAACUCUAAAAUAAUAAGCAAAAAUGAAAUUUUGGUGUUUUGUAUUUGUAACGUGCUGCGCCGUCUCACUUGUGGCCUCGCAAACUUGUUCAGAUUCCAGUGUGGAUUUUAUUUGUCGCACGGAUCUAAAUGUGGGAAUCUGCUUGGAGACCAAUGCACAAUCAGCUGGCGAAAUAUUAAUAAAUUGUGCAACUGAUUUAACAUGCAAUACUCAGAAUCCAAUGAAUGGUUGUGUUAGUACGGCAUCAGCAUCAACGGCAAUUUCGACCACCAGUACGCGCGGCACUUGUGUGGAUAAUUUAUUGAAAAAGGCCAAAAGCAAUUGCAGGAAUUACUAUAAAUGCCUUAAGGGUGCGAUUAGAACGUAUACCUGCCCAACGGGAACUUGCUUUAGCGAUGAUAGAAAAGCUUGCAUGAUCGGUAGUUGUGACAGCAGUGGCGAUUGUACGAGGACAUAAAUAAUGGCCAUGACUAGAUGUAUGUUCGUACAAAAAAAA